AUGCUGGUUUGGUUCCCCUGGCUUCCAGCCGACUGUUCCCUGCAGUCUUGCAUUGCCCUUUGGGAUUUGGCUGCUCGGGGCGCAUUGUUGCUCCUGUUGCACCAGCUACUGGGUGAGGGCAUCUUCCAUUUCACACAGUUUUCUGCUCCGAUAACUCCGCCUCGGAAGGGUCUCAGCUUGGCUAAAGGCCUUUGCCACAUGCUCCGGGCUCUCUUUUUUGCCUUCGGGAGCGCCUUCGCGUUUCCGUUCGCAUUGACCAUGUUCCGGGCAUCUCCAAAGAUGUCGCGGACGCCCUCAGUCGCGCAACGAAACCGUCCGACCUGGGCUUUCUCGAUGUGCAGGCCGUCGAGGAGCUCUUUCGAGUCUGGGGAAGCUCCAUGCCAAGCUCUUACGAAUCUUGCCGGCAAGCGCAUCAUUGAUGUCACAGACUUCGAUGUGGGCCCCAACCCGAAACGACGUCGAGAAGGAGAAGGAGCCCAGUCCUCCGAGCAAAAAGGCCAGGCCGGAAAGCCAGCGAGCGGGACUUGCGGAAGCCAGCGAUCCUCGAGGCUCCGUAAAGGGUCGAAGCCGCAGAAAGAUCCACGGCGAGCGCUGCUGUUCUCGCAGCGCAUGUCGCAGUUGUCGCAGAGUUUGUCGCAGAAGUUGAAGGCGAGUGGGCGCACCCCGCGCCGAAGCAUCCGUGUUCGGAAGGGCGGCUGGAUUCUGGCUCGGGGCCCUCAAGGCUCUGAGCCCAAUCCUGACAAGCCAGAGGAGCUGGCACCGCUCCGGGGGCUCCCACCGCUCAUGUCCGCACCUUCCGCGCCCGAGCGGCCCGAUGUGCUCUUCACGGGCUUUGCGCGCAGCGACUUGCACUCUCUCCGCAAGAUGGUGAACUGCCUGGGAGGUCUGGCCGUUAAUUCCCUGACGGGAGGAGGCAAUGGCCGGACCAACGUCCGGGUCGUGGUGCAGUGCACCUCAGACGCGGGGAAGACUGUCGCCACGAAGCGAUCCCUGAAAUACAUGGAGGGAGUGCUGGCUGGCGCUUGGGUCCUCUCUUCAGAGUGGGUGCACAAAUCCAUGCAUGCCGGCCACUGGCUUCCUGAGGUCCGCUUUCAGCUCGCCGGCGACCUGCACGCCUUGGGCGGCCCUGCCCGAGGCCGGAAUCACGGCCCUGAGCUCUUCCAGGGAUGCCGCUUCCACUUCGUCGCCGGGGCCCAAAAACUGUCCGAUAGUCCUGGACUCUCGUGGCUUGCCGUGCUACCAAAGGCCAUCCCACCAGGGAAGAAGGACGGGCGGCUUUGGUUUGCCAAAAUCCGCAAGAGUGGCAUGGAAGACGUGCAGGAGAAUCUCUGCCUAAGCAUCGGUGCCGAGGAGGAGGGGCCCACGGUUGGCCAGCUCUGCCGCCUGGUGCGGCGAGCGGGUGCUCAGGUGCUUGAGACCAUUCAGAAGGUACCGGAUGCUGAGGAGACAGGGAUUCUCUCAGGCGGGCCCUGCUUUGCCACGCUACUGGCCUGGAGCUCAGCGAUCAAGCCCAUCAUCCAACUUCCAGAGUCGCCUUUCCGGUUCCUUUACCUUCGGGAGGUGGCGGAGGCAAUUUUCCGCGCCAUGUGCGACGAGGUCGGCGAGCAGACCGAUUGUCACGAGCAUCAUGAGCGAUGUAGCGGAUUUGAGAAAAUGCAUCUUGACAACAGCUUGGAGACGUCUAACUGGCAAGCAGACAGAAGAGAUCUAAUGGUGCAAUGGGAGAAGCAAAUUGAAGAGCGCAGUGUUCCAGAAUGGCGCGACAAAUAUGUGGCAUAUGCGCGCCUGAAAAGGAAGCUCGAACAGAUCAAGGCAGCUGCAUCGGUCUGCAGAACCGGCAGCGAGGACUUUAUUCCGCAUGCCAUCACUCGGGCUGCUAUGGAGAGCGACUACGACGAGUCUCGAAGAGUCAGCAAAGAGAGCGACACAGAAGCCCCGCUUCUGCAUCGAGAGGUCAUAGACUCUCGGAAAGAGACAUGUCCAGAAGCGAAGCUCGUGGGGUUUGAGCUCAACUACAGCCAUGCGCGGGAGCUGGACUUCGCAGAUGACUGGGCCUUCAAAGCCGAUCCCGGCUGCCAGGGACCCGCCGUGUGCACUGCUUCGGUCGCCCCUGUCAUCAAUAGCACCUCGCAGCACUUUGUGCUCUUUCAGCUUUUCCUGGCGGUGGCUUCCCAGCAAAGAACCGCCUUGCACUUGCAGGCAGCCAUCACGAUUCCGACCCACUUUACACGCCUCCGGCAUUUGGUCGGCUUAUUGAUUCCAGCGCGCAGGAUGCAACGCCUGGAUGCCAUGGGGGGCAUCUUCGAGGAUUUUGUCCUCGAGGGUCUGAUGCUGCUGAACGUGCUGGUGACAACAAGCGCCGUUUACUGGCUGCUGCGAGAGCUCUACCUGCUGUUCUGUCUGCCCGCGCUGGAUAUGCAUGCCGUCGAUGUCGAUGAGCAUCUGGUCAUUCCUGAAGCAAUCGAUAUCAUGAUGGAGGGAAUGCUGGACGCGAUUUGCUUCGUUUUGGGCUGUAUGCUGCUUCUGCUAGCUGCUUCGACCUUCUUGAAGAAGUUUGGGAGCAACGACAACCCGACGGAUGCCAUCAUUCUGACUUAUCCACUCCUUUUUGGGCCUCCGGCUUUAUUGCGCAUCUUCCUAUGCAUUUGCCGCAGGUUGCUAUACCACGCUUUGUUCAAGCACGGAGUGAUUAUCGACUUCAGCAAGGGCGUGUCGCAGCACGACUUCCUCUUGUCAUGGAGCUACCUGGGCUUCGUGGUGGCCGUGGGGAUCUUGAUUUUUGAUGCCUACAUCCGCGUGCAUGAAGGACAGGUUACGGCAAAAGCCAUGACGAUCAACGUCAUCGUGUUCACGUCGCCGCUUUAUUAUAUGAUCUCCUCGUUGCUGAACUCCCUUCGGGUUGAGCAGGAGGCCAUCAAGCGUACCUGCCUGCAACAAUUGGAAAAGACAAAGGGCCCCGAUGCUCCGGAGGAAGUAUCACCGUCUGCCAAGCACAAGCUUUGCCCCUUAGCCGAGGGCAGCAUCUGCCGAGCAGCGCGUGGAAGGAAAGACUUGAAUCUCAGCAUAAAGCUUGCGAAGGAAGCCCCUGACAGACAUGACAGUGAUGAACGUUUCGGGUUGCGGGACAUGUUCUGGGUUCCACGGUUAGUGUCGGGGACUGGCCGAUCGACUUGUGGAGCUUUGCUACUGGUGACAUCUAUGCCUGUUGUGGCUUUCCUGACCAUGCUCUUGGCGUUGGUGAGCAUGGCUUGGUUCAUCAAGCAUCGCACAGACAUUCCGGAAAUUGGAUCAAUCGUCGCUGACGUUCCCGGAUUGCAUCCCAGCUUCACUCCCGAGGUUCAGAACUAUGCGUUCUUCAUUCUGAGCACCUACAGUGGCUUCACGUUGACCUCCGAGGCAGAUCUUGAGCGGACCACCUUCCUGAAGAACAUGGUCUUCGAUGGAUCGACAGAGAUUACCGAUGCCUCCGGUGAAUCAACUUCAGGAGUGUUGAUUCACACUGUGCCCCUGCGACGCGUGAACGCCACGUACCCCACCACGGUUUACCUCACGGCUGGCACUUUCAGCCAGGUUGCUGAGUCUGUGUUCGUGCUCCGGUACCGGAUCUCUAAGCCCAAACUCGGAGUGGUAGAGCUGCAGGUGCAGACGUACAAGAUCACCGUCAUUCAUGUGAAGCCAACCUUCA